AUGGGCGAUGACGCCGCGGCGGCGGGGUCGUCGGUGCUCGGCCGCGCCGUGGAGGAGUUGCGCUCGGCCCUCAACGAGCACGCCGACGUGGUUGCCGACCUCUUCGGUCGCGUCUCCUCCGAGCUGCGCACCGGCUUCGCGCCCGCCGUCGACUCUUUCAUCGGCUUCUUCCACGCCGUCGACUGGAAGGUGAACACUCUUGUGACGCUCUGCAUGCUAAUCGUAAGGUGGAAAAGGGCAGAGCUCAGGCAUCGUGCUUUCGGCAGGCUCGUAACAAGCAGGACUGAUCUUAACCUGCAUCUAUGUAAUUUGUUGGCUAGUAGGAAAGUCGGCUUUCUUGAUGCAAUUGGUCUAACCGAGAAUCAUGUUCCUGGAACGGUGUUCGUUUCGGUAGCAGAAUAUAACAUUCAGAGAUGGUCAGAUUUUGCUAUUGUGGACCUUUUGCUUCGACUGGGUAAGGGGAUGGUUCUUGUUCGUCAGCCAGUAAAUGAUGUAGUGGCUUGUACGACGAACCUGAAGCUGACAAGCCCAGCCGGCCUGUUUGCAAGGUGGAUGGCAGCACGCAGCAAAUAG